CGCACCUUCCUUAUCCCUAUCCAUUUUCCCCUUUCCCUUCACUGAGCCACCGUCACUCUGUUCUAAAAAACAGAGCUUACGUCAAUGGCGAGUUCUUCUUCACUGACGUCUACUCUGAUAAAUUCUUCCCCAUUUUGCGCUAAAUCCUUCUCCAAAUUUCAAUUUUUAUCCUUCCUCUCUUUUGCUCAUACCCUGAAGUCUUUCCCCGCUGCAAGCUCGAAAGCUCUUCUUCUCCAAGAGAGGCAAGGUUGCUUGACCGUCAAGGCCCAAACACUAGACUUCUCUGGUUCGUUUUAUGAAGGUGGUGGGUUCGGGUUGGACGAAGACCCGCCAUCGCUAGCUGGGUCAGGGAUGACUGCAGUCGAGGACAAGGAGCCGCCCCCAUGCCCUCCUGGGCUUCGACAAUACGAGACCAUGGCGGUUUUGAGGCCGGAUAUGUCUGAAGAUGAACGACUUGCUCUUACCCAGAAGUACGAGGAGUUGCUUGUUGCUGGGGGUGGCAUGUAUGUGGAGGUAUUCAACAGAGGUGUCAUUCCACUAGCCUACAGCAUCAAGAAGAAAAACAAAGCUGGAGAGACUAAUACUUAUUUGGAUGGUAUCUAUCUCCUCUUCACCUACUUUACAAAACCUGAAUCCAUUGAAAUUCUUGAGGCCACAUUAAAAGCAGAUGAUGAUGUCAUCCGAUCAUCCACUUUCAAAAUCAGAAAGAGGAACUUUUAGAAUUGGUUAUAUGCAAUCUUUUGUGCAGUCCUGAGAGGAAAGAUGACUAGGAGAACAAGAGCUUGUAAUGGCCAUGUAGUCUUGUAUGUUACGGAUCUUUAUUCUUCCAAAUCUUUGAAAAUUUAAUUUGCUUUUGUAACUUAAUUAGAUCACCAAUGAUGUUAUUGAGAUAUGCAAGAAUUAGUAAGUCACUGGGGAUAUGGUUCGUGAUGUCAAAGUAAUACUAAUAUGUAUUUAUAUUUGCAAUA